AUGGCUGACGAGAGACCUACUCCUCGGGAUGAGGAUAUUCCGGGCGGUUUCCCCGUCACGCCCAGUGUCAACUCGAUUGACCAGUUGACCCCGACUGGUGAUACGGCACACAGACUCGAAGCCGGCAUCUCGGGGCGUCAUGGCCCGGCCACCUCCGGCUGGGGGGAACCGCCACAGACGCCGAAUGUGCACCAGUACUACGAUGUGAUUGAGGGGGGCCAAGAUGAGAAAACAUGGCACACGCACGAGCAGGAGGAAGAUGAGAACUCGUCUUCCAGUACCAUCCUACCACGCGGGGUCUCAACCGACGAGAAACGCAAAGAGACUGCAGUUGCUGGCGAACCUUCACCAACCGACGCCCCAUCCUCCCCCGACGAACCAAUCUUUUCGCCCAUCAAGUCCCAGUCAAACGAUCCAGAAAAAGAACGACCCAACCUCGAGAGAAAGAGGACAAUCCGCACCGAAGAUGACCUCUUCCGCGUUCUAUCCCGUCGCAAGACGUCUGCGAGCACACCCGAGGAGGAACAAGAAGAACACGAAGAACUCAACCGUCUAAUGUCGCGCAUCUUUGGCCAAGCCCGGCAGAAGCAGAGCGAGGGCGAAAAGACGCGCCACAGCGGAGUCAUCUUUCGCCGUCUCACCGUCCGCGGAGUCGGCCUCGGCGCAAGCCUCCAGCCCACCGUGGGUGACCUUUUCCUCGGACUCCCUCGGACACUUUCGAAGCUGUUCACUCAAGGUCCAAAGGCGGCGCUUGCCAAGCCGCCUGUGAGAGAUCUGAUUAGUGACUUUGAUGGGUGUGUGCGUCCAGGGGAGUUGCUCCUCGUGCUGGGCAGACCCGGGGCUGGUUGUAGCACGUUUCUCAAGGCGUUUUGUAACCAGAGGGCUGGCUUUGAGGCUGUUGAGGGGGAGGUUACGUAUGGAGGUACUGAUGCGGGGACUAUGGCCAAGGACUUUCGGGGAGAGAUUAUUUACAACCCGGAAGACGAUUUGCAUUACGCUACCUUGUCGGUCAAGAGGACUCUUCAGUUUGCGCUGCAGACGCGUACGCCUGGAAAGGAGGAUCGACUCGAGGGUGAGAGCCGUGCGGAUUACGUCCGCGAGUUUCUGCGAGUUGUCACGAAGCUGUUUUGGAUUGAACAUACCCUUGGAACAAAGGUUGGCAAUGAGUUCAUCCGUGGUGUGUCUGGCGGGGAGAGGAAGCGAGUCAGCAUCGCCGAGGCCAUGAUCACCAGAGCCUCAGUCCAAGGAUGGGACAACUCCAGCAAAGGUCUCGAUGCGAGCACAGCUGUUGAAUACGUCAAGUCGAUCCGCGCCAUGACGAACAUGGCCGACACUUCGACCGCCGUGUCUCUCUACCAAGCUGGCGAGACUCUAUAUGACCUCGUCGACAAGGUCUUGCUCAUCGACCAUGGCAAGUGCCUAUACUUUGGACCCUCGGACAAUGCGAAGAAGUACUUUUUGGAUCUUGGGUUCGAGUGCCCUGAGCGAUGGACCACAGCCGACUUUUUGACCUCUGUCACGGACGAGCAUGAGCGCAGUGUGCGAAGCGGCUGGGAAGAUCGCAUCCCACGCACCGCAGACGAAUUCGCCGAAGCUUACCGUCGAAGCGACGCGUACCAAAAGAAUCUUGAGGAUAUUGACGAUUUCGAGUCCGAGCUUGGCCAUCGAGCCGAGGAACGUCGCAGACAUGAGUCGGAACGGACCAAGAAGAAGAACUACGAGAUUCCCUUCCACAAACAGGUACUCGCCUGUACGCACCGACAGUUCCUCGUCAUGACAGGCGAUAGAGCCUCGCUGUUUGGUAAAUGGGGCGGUCUUCUCUUCCAAGGUCUCAUUGUGGGAAGUCUUUUCUACAACCUCCCCGAGACAGCCGCGGGCGCGUUUCCUCGCGGUGGUACACUUUUCUUCCUGUUAUUGUUCAAUGCCCUUCUUGCUCUUGCCGAACAAACCGCUGCGUUCGAGUCCAAGCCAAUUCUUCUCAAGCACAAGUCCUUCUCCUUCUAUCGGCCAUCCGCAUUUGCUAUAGCGCAGACCGUGGUCGACAUUCCCAUGGUGUUUAUCCAAGUUUUCCUGUUCAACAUCAUCAUCUACUUCAUGUCCAACUUGGCCCGUACGGCGUCGCAGUUCUUUAUUGCGACGCUGAUCCUAUGGCUCGUCACGAUGGUGACGUAUGCUUUCUUCCGGGCCAUCUCGGCGUGGUGCAAGAGUCUUGACAUCGCGACUCGGUUCACGGGUUUGAGCGUACAGAUUGUCAUUGUGUAUACAGGCUAUCUGAUCCCUCCUGACUCGAUGCGUCCUUGGUUCGGUUGGCUGAGAUGGAUCAAUUGGAUUCAAUACGGAUUUGAGUGCCUGAUGGCCAACGAAUUUACCGGCCUUAGCCUUGAAUGCUCUCCGCCGUACCUAGUCCCGCAAGGCCCCAACGCUCAGUCGCAGUACCAAGGUUGCACCCUGCCGGGCUCAACUCCUGGAGCUUCUUCUGUCGGGGGAUCAGACUAUAUCCAGCAGUCGUUCAGCUACACUCGAGCUCAUUUAUGGCGCAACUUUGGCUUCCUGUGGGCCUUCUUCCUCUUCUUCGUCUUCCUCACAGCUCUCGGCAUGGAACUCAUGAAACCCAACGUCGGAGGCGGCGCCAUCACCGUCUUCAAGAGAGGCCAAGUUCCCAAGGCCGUUGAAGAGUCAAUUGACACUGGCGGUCGUACCAAGAAUGAGAAGAAUGAUGAAGAAGCUGGUCGCGUUGUUUCUCUUGCGGAGGGUGUGACUGCUGAGAGGACAAAGACGGAUCAGCAGCUCACUAAGGAAGUUGGCAAGAAUGAGACUGUGUUUACGUUUCAGAACAUCAACUACACGAUUCCAUAUGACAAGGGACACAGGAAGCUGCUUCAGGACGUCCAGGGCUAUGUUCGUCCUGGAAAGUUGACUGCCCUUAUGGGUGCUUCUGGCGCCGGAAAGACGACUCUUCUCAAUGCUCUGGCUCAACGACUCAACUUUGGAACAAUCACAGGCGACUUUCUCGUCGACGGUCGGCCUCUUCCCAAGUCGUUCCAGCGAGCGACCGGUUUCGCAGAGCAGAUGGACAUUCACGAGCCAACCUCGACUGUCCGUGAAGCCUUGCAGUUCUCCGCUCUCCUUCGACAGCCCAAGGAGGUUUCGAAAAAGGAAAAGAUGGAGUAUUGUGAGACCAUCAUUGACCUGCUCGAGAUGCGUCCUAUCGCUGGUGCUACCAUUGGUAUUGUUGGACAAGGUCUCAAUGCCGAACAGCGAAAGCGAUUGACAAUUGGUGUCGAGUUGGCUUCCAAGCCUGAGCUUCUCAUGUUCCUCGAUGAACCUACAUCUGGUCUUGACUCUGGCGCAGCGUUCAACAUUGUCCGUUUCCUUCGGAAGCUUGCCGACGCAGGCCAAGCCGUCCUCUGCACCAUCCACCAACCUUCUGCCGUAUUGUUUGAGCACUUUGACGACCUCCUGCUUCUCAAAGCUGGUGGCCGCGUCGCGUAUCAUGGUCCCUUGGGCAGCGACAGCCAGAAUCUCAUCAACUACUUUGAGUCCAACGGAGCUUCCAAGUGUCCACCUGAUGCCAAUCCCGCCGAGUACAUGCUCGACUCCAUCGGCGCCGGAGAUCCUGAUUACAACGGCCAAGAUUGGGGUGAUGUAUGGACCAACUCAUCUGAACGCGAAAAACGAGCUCGCGAAAUCGAAGAAAUGAUUGAGCAUCGUCGCAAUGUCGAACCAUCCCACAGCCUCAAGGACGACCGCGAGUACGCCAUGCCUCUCUCGACCCAAACAUGGGCUGUCGUCCGCCGCUCUUUCAUCGCCUUUUGGAGAUCCCCAGAGUACAUCUUUGGCAACUUUAUGCUGCACAUCCUUACCGGCCUGUUUAACUGCUUUACCUUUUACAAGAUUGGCUUCGCGUCCGUCGACUACCAGAAUAGGUUGUUCUCCAUCUUCAUGACCCUCACCAUCAGCCCGCCUCUCAUCCAGCAGCUUCAACCCGUGUUUCUCAAGUCACGACAGAUCUUCCAGUGGCGCGAGAACAAUGCCAAGAUAUACAGCUGGUUCGCGUGGACCACUGCCGCUGUUGUAGUCGAAAUCCCGUACCGCAUCGUCGCGGGAGGGAUUUACUUCAACUGCUGGUGGUGGGGAGUCUUUGGCUGGCAAGCUUCAAGCUUCACUUCGGGUUUUGCGUUUUUGCUGGUGAUACUGUUUGAGCUGUACUAUGUCAGCUUUGGACAGGCCAUUGCCGCUUUCGCCCCGAAUGAGCUUCUUGCUUCUCUGCUGGUCCCCAUCUUCUUCCUCUUUGUUGUGUCCUUCUGUGGAGUCGUUGUUCCUCCUGCUGGAUUGCCAACUUUCUGGCGAGAGUGGAUGUACUGGCUUACGCCCUUCCACUACCUCCUCGAAGCCUUCCUCGCUGCUGCUAUUCACGACCAGCCCGUCAAGUGCAAGUCAGGCGAGUUUGCACGCUUCAGAGCACCAUCUGGUCAAUCAUGUGAGGAGUACGCGAGGCAAUACAUCCAGCAGGCGGGCGGUUACGUGCAGACAGGUGAAGGGGGACUCUGCGAAUUUUGUCAAUACGCGACUGGAGAUGAAUUCGGUGCUGGGUUCAGCGUCUACUAUAGGAAUAUCUGGCGGGACUUUGGAAUCUUUUGUGGAUUCAUUGUCUUUAACUAUGCGAUCGUGUAUGUGGCGACGUGGUUGAGGUUCAGGGGCAAGAACCCGUUCAAGGGACUGUUGCAGAAGAGAAAGUCUUGA